AUGACAUCGUCUGUUGUUUCUUCCUACGUCCCAGCCGCUCAGGCCUUACAGCCAGACUCGUCACACUUGUCACCACGGUACAAUCUCGAGCACCUCGUCCAGGAUAUCAAGUCACACCUGGGAGUUUCCGGGGGCAUUGCAUCGUCUGAGGUAGAUACGGAAUACUUGAUCUCACUGGCGCAGAGCUAUGUGUCCGAUCCCAAUGACUGGCUGCAAUUUUUCCAUAAUGACCCCAGCAAGAGCUACACGCGUAAUGCCAUCGAAAACAUCAACCAUAAAGCGAAUAUUCUCCUCCUCGUGUGGAAUCCCCGGAAGGGCUCCCCGGUCCAUGACCACGCCAACGCCCACUGCAUCAUGAAAGUGUUGGCUGGUGAGCUGCAAGAGACCGUCUAUCGCACCCCCGACCAAAACGAGGCUGGAUCUCGACCUCUGGAGGUCCUUUCUGACCGGAGGCACGCCAUGGAUGAUGUCACCUACAUUUCGGAUGACAUUGGCCUCCAUCGGGUGCAUAACCCAAGCCAUAACCAAAUCGCGGUUUCACUUCAUUUAUACACCCCGCCUAAUGCUGCUGACUAUGGCUACAGCAUCUAUAACGAGGCUACUGGCAAGUCCAGCUUUGUUGCCCAGGCUCGAUCGGUUUCUCAGCCAAAAUGA